GUAGAACACAUGAGUCUUGUCCCAUCUAGAGGAGUUGGAGAAACUGGCCCAGGGAGAUACACAUGUAGAAAUGCUGUCCAAGGCCUCCAGCAGCCAAGGAACCCCAAUUAAGGACUCACAAAGCCAUUCUUCAUUGCCACAACAGGAGGGACAAAGUUUAAAAGAGACAGUGCAAGAACCCAUCAAAGUGGAGCAGCCAGAGGAGCCCCUUGAGUGUGGGUUCUGUGGAGAAGAAAUCAGCAACCAAGUGGACAUGGUGGAACACUACAUUGAGUCACAUGGCGUUGAGACAGAUGAAGAUGGCUGCCUCAUGGACUUAGGGAUAGACGUUGAUGUCCGAGUAAAAGACACAAAGAGCCUGCUACAGUUGGCAGAUGGUCGUGUGGAUGACAGUGUUCCAGAGAAAACCGUCCUUAUACGGAAGAAACCAAGGCAGAGCUGGCAAUGCAAGGAGUGUCAACAAGUAUUCCCCAAGCAUUUUGACUUUCUGCGGCAUGUUCGAGAAGUUUGCACAGAGGUGAGCCAGUCCAAUAAGUCCACUGUGUCAAGAGGAGGAAAUUUCAAAUGCCAAGAACCAGGGUGUAGUCACCUGUCUUUCUACCAGGUAAAACUCCUGUUCAAGCACAUGGAAGAGGUUCAUAAAGUUGUCGUCCCGAGGGAAUUCAAAACAUUCAAGAGUCUGGCCAUGUUUUACCAGUGGCUUACCCUGGAGGAGAAGAAGUACAAUGUCCGAUACAUUCGGGACACCACUCGCAUUGAGAAGAAUGAUGUGAAACUUAUACAAAUGGUGUGCCAUAGAUUCCAUACUGCAAAGGUUAGUUUCUCUCUCUCUCUCUCUCUCUCUCUUUCUCUCUUUCUUUCUGGAGUUUUUUUUUUUUUAAGUAAUUAUUCAUACAUAAGCAAGAAUAAAAGGUGUAAGUUUGUAGGCCCUAGCUCAAAAAGAAGAAUUAGAGAAAAAAACUAAACAGUGAGCAUAGUG